GGUGAACAGAUAACCGCCCGGCCGUCCCGACACCAUGGGUGCCUGCCUCUGCAAAGGUCACAAAGAGCUCCACCACCCCAUGGCAGUCCUGCAGGACCAGGCCGAGGAGGGUCAGCCGUCCACUGCCAAGGACGGCCAGAAUCCCUCCAACGGCAACGUAGCAGACAAAACUAGCGGCUAUGACAUUGGGGAGCUGGCCACCUCCUCUCUGCUGGGUCUGGUGGCCACAAUAAAGGAGCAUAUCACCAAGCCCACAGCGAUGGCCCAGGGGCGAGUUGCUCACCUGAUUGAGUGGAAGGGAUGGGGAGCAGGCGGCGAGGCCGGGGCAGCUGGGGGGGGUUGGACCGGGGCGUGGGGCAAAGGAGGAGGAGGCUGGGGAGGGAUGGGGGCAGAUCUUCAGGAGGACGAGCAGUUCUACUCUCAAAUGACUGAUGAGAUCAAGGAGGCGCGCUUCGCUGCAGGGGUGGCGGAGCAGUUUGCCCUGGCCGAGGCAGCCAUGAAUGUGUGGUCCAUGAACGACGGCCUGGAGCAGCCCUCCACCAGCCUGCAAGCAGCACAAAGCAACUUCCUGUCUCACUUCCUGCUGGACGGUGGAAGCGUUGGCGUUCCGCAGCAUCUGUACAGCAUCCACGCCCAGACGCACGCCGGUGAUGGGGUGGCCGGCCUGGUUCCCCCGCCGCCGGCCUCGUCCAUCCCCCCGACGUCCACCGCGCAGCAGGACGGAGGACGCCCCUUAGCGGAUGGAGGCACUGUGACUGCAGAGGCUGCCGUCCGCCAUGUAGACAGCAGCUCGCUAUCUGAGGACGACGUUUUUUAUAACUAG